GAAGUGCAGAAAAAAAUGGGACACACAACACUACAUCAGGAGCAAGCUAUCACUGCGUCAACGUGAUGAAGAAAUGUAAAAUCAACAUUGUUUAAUUGAACAAUCACACUAUAAUAAAUCACAGUGCAUUUUGUGCCAGCCACAGCCUUAAGACAUGUGUUGAACGUGCCCAAGCCCAUACUUUUGAGAGCACCUGUGUGUGUACACGCACUUGUAUAUGUAAGGUUUCUCUAUAGGAGCGUCCAAUAGAGAAUGUGAGGGACCACAGAUCUCCCCCCAAAGAUGCGUAGGAGACGGGGGGAGCUCCAAGUCCCAGAGAUCCAGGAGCUGCCCCAGAACACAGGAACCCCAAGGGGACUGCAACCAGAAAGGCCCCCCGCCCCCCUCGAGAGGCAGGGGGCCUCUAAAUAUAUUACUCUCUUCCUUUUACUUCCAAGCUCCACCAUGAUGUCUACAAAGAAACAAACUUAUGCUUUUUAUUGACGGUCGUCAAACUCAAAAAGCUAACAGCUAGCAUUUACAUUAGCGCAGUGAACAGCUUUUGCCGUGAAGCAGGUAGACACCUCCCUCUAGUGUUCCUACCCAAACCACAAAACAGUUAAUCGCUUCCCAAUGUGAAUUAGCUUAAAUUUAUGGCUCAAGAACCACAGAAAACCGUUUGAAAGCAGUGUUUUGUGUUGCUUUAAUACAAAUAAGUGAUUUAGCAGUUUUUGAAGCACAUCUUUACUAUCUUCUGUUUCUCUGAUCACAAGCUGGAGACAUUUCAAACAAAAGGCCCUUUCGGCAGAUGAAUCAUCUCUUGAUAUUUCUAAAACCUUGUCUGUGAUUUAGUUUUGUUGUUGCACUCCCAGUAUGUGUGUGCAUGGCAGAGUGGGCAGCUUGUGAUCAAGUGCUACUAAUCUUUUGCAGAAGAACACUCCCUCAUUUGAUGUCUUGGCCUGAAAGACUGAAAUCCUCCCAUGUUCUGGUCUGUUUUGCAAACAGAGAUUUCUAUAAAGCUCCAUCUGGGUCACUGCCAGAACUCUGUCUUUAGACCUCCAAUUUUUGGCUUUUUCAUGUGUUAUUAAUCUAAUCUUUUCACUGAAGCAGCUGCUUAUUGCUGGGUUUUAUAUACUGUACCUUACAUUAUGACUCAUUUGCUUUUGCCUUGUGUUUUUCAUCUGAACUAAAUAAGCAUUCAGCCAUAUUGCUGUUUGCCUGACCAUGGAGCCAGACACUCCCUCUGGAUAUGAGAGCUUACAGCCAGUCUAACCUAUUUAUGUCCCAGUUACUUAUCCCACAAAGUCAAGAAAUCAAAUUCUAUAGGUUGAAAAUGACAUAAGAUGAGUAAUUACAGUGUAAAAGGUCACUAUUACAAAGAAAAUAUGGAAGAAAUUUUAAUUUCUAAGGUGUGAGGAAGUCAGACAGAUGCACACACUCAAUGCGGCGAUGCUGAGCAUUAGUUGAAGCUGCAGCAGAGCUCACACAGCAUCUUUCACCUCCACCCCCCCAUCCCUCAUUCUCUCCUCUAUCUCACUCACUCACUGUAUCUCGCCUGCUGGCUGAGGUAUUUCCAAAAGGGGACUGUUGGAGCAGCUCGUAAUCAGUGUUUGUGUGCAUAUAUUUACCCUUCGGAUUCCUCUGCAUGGAAAUUUUAAUUCCUGGGGGAGAAACCGUGGAUUUGCGAGUCAAAGUAAGAGCAUGGACCAGACAGGAGCAGGGGAUGAUGAGGUAAACUGGGUCACUAGCAGGCUCUCCUGACCGAUGCCUGCUUGGAUGUUGGAGGGAUGGGGUGCACCACCAGCGCUGUGGUGUUUGAUGGGCUGCGGACCGUAUUAGAGAGGAACUGUAGUGGCUACAUCUGCAAGGAAGCAGCCGAGCCCAGCGGACCAUCUGAGGCUGAGAGAGCGCUGAGUCGAAGAGAGUCGCGUGCUUUACUGACACCGAGGAUUCUCAAGGUGAAGCCGAAGGUGAUCGAGCCGCUGGAUUAUGAAAAUGUUCUGGUGCAGAGGAAGACACAGAUCCUCAGUGAUGUCCUCAGAGACAUGCUGCAGUUCCCUCUUGAGGACUUUGAGAUCUCAACUCUUAGACGCCAGGGGAGAACUCUAUACCCAACCGUGCCUAAGAAAGCUGAGCAAGAAGCCCAGAGUCUAUUUGUGCAAGAGUGCAUCAAGACCUACAAAUCGGACUGGCACGUCGUCAGCUACAAGUACGAGGACUAUUCUGGAGAUUUCCGACAGCUCCCAAACAAAGUGCCCAGGCCUGAUAAACUUCCUGUUCACGUGUUUGAGGUGGACGAGGACGUUGAUAAAGAUGAGGACACCGCCUCCUUAGGAUCCCAGAAAGGUGGGAUUUCCAAACAUGGCUGGCUGUACAAAGGGAACAUGAACAGUGCCAUCAGCGUCACCAUGAGGUCAUUCAAGAGGAGGUAUUUUCACCUGACGCAGCUCGGAGACGGUUCGUUCAAUCUGAACUUCUACAAGGAUGAGAAGAUCUCCAAGGAGCCCAAAGGAACCAUUUUCCUGGAUUCCUGUAUGGGCGUGGUUCAGAAUAACAAAGUUCGGCGGUUUGCGUUUGAGCUGAAGAUGCAGGAUAAGAGCACCUACCUGCUGGCUUCCGACAGCGAAUCAGAGAUGGACGACUGGAUCAACACACUCAACAAGAUCCUGCAUAGCAGCUUUGAGAUUGCAAUGCAGGAGAAGAGAAACGGGGACGCUCAUGAUGAUGAUGAUCUUGGGAAGUCAGAUGGUUCUUCUGGCAGCCUUGACAGCUUUCAGAGCACGAGAGACAUCGAGUCCAGGAUGAGGAACGAGACCAGACUGAAGCUGUUCACUCUGGAUCCAGACACUCAAAGACUUGACUUCUCAGGAAUUGAGCCAGACGUGAAGCAGUUCGAGGAGAAGUUUGGGAAGCGUGUUCUGGUGAACUGCAACGACCUCUCGUUUAACCUGCAGAGCUGCGUCGCCGAGAACGAGGAAGGGCCGACGACAAAUGUGGAGCCAUUCUAUGUCACCUUGUCGCUGUUUGACAUCCAAAAUGGCAGAAAAAUCUCCUCAGACUUCCAAGUAGACUUGAACCACCCAUCUGUCAGAGGCAUGGUACCUAGUAACACCAGCCAGCACAUGAACGGAGGGGCCGACGGCCGUCCCGCUGGCCAGCGGUUUAUUCACGAGGUGUCGGAGGCAGCCCUGCAGUACCCCAGACAGGGAGUGUUCUCAGUGACGUGUCCCCACCCUGACAUCUUCCUGGUGGCUCGCAUUGAGAAGGUGCUCCAAGGAGGAAUCAACCACUGCGCCGAGCCGUACAUGAAGAGUUCAGACUCCACGAAGAUGGCACAGAAGGUUCUGAAAAAUGCCAAACUGGCAUGUAAUCGAUUGGGUCAGUACAGGAUGCCCUUUGCCUGGGCUGCAAGAUCUUUGUUCAAAGACGCUUCAGGAACUCUUGACAAAUGUGCUCGCUUCUCAGCGCUGUACAGACAGGACAGCAACAAACUGUCCAACGAAGACAUGCUCAAACUCCUGGCUGAUUUCAGAAAACCAGAGAAGAUGGCCAAGCUGCCCGUAAUUUUAGGAAACCUUGAUGUCACCAUCGACAGCGUCGCCCCCGACUUGACGAAUUGUGUCACCUCCUCCUACAUCCCCGUGAAGCAGUUUGAUGUCAACGAGAGGAGCAACAUCUUUUUCGAAGUGGAAGAGUUUGUGCCGUGCAUCGCCAAAUGUUCUCAGCCUUUUACCAUUUACAACAAUCACCUCUACGUUUACCCCAAGCACUUGAAAUACGAUGGCCAGAAGUCGUUUGCAAAGGCUAGAAAUCUAGCUGUCUGUGUUGAGUUCAAGGACUCAGAUGACGAAGAGGCUGUUUCCCUUAAGUGCAUCUACGGGCGACCUGGAGGACCCUUGUUUACCAAAACUGCCUUUACCUCAGUGUUACAUCACCAGCACAACCCCGAAUUCUACGAUGAAUUUAAGAUUGAGUUGCCGACACAGCUCCACGAGAAGCAUCACCUGCUCUUCACCUUCUAUCACGUGAGCUGUGAGAGCAACAGCAAGGCCAGCACCAAGAAGAGAGACAUGGUGGAGACGCAAGUUGGUUACGCCUGGCUCCCAUUGCUGAAAGACGGGCGUGUGAUCAUGAACGAGAGUCACGUCCCCGUGGCUUCAAACCUGCCCACUGGAUACCUGAGCUGUCAGGAGGGAGCCAGCAAGCAUUUGGUUCCUGAAGUCAAAUGGGUCGAUGGAGGAAAACCAUUAUUUAAGGUGUCCACUCACCUAGUGUCCACUGUGUACACUCAGGAUCAACAUUUGCACAAUUUCUUCCAUCACUGUCAGAGCACUGCAUCAGCAGGCCAGGUGUCAGGAGGAGAGCUGGUCAAAUACCUGAAGAGUCUGCAUGCCAUGGAGGGUCAUGUGAUGAUCAAGUUCCUACCAACCAUACUCAAUCAGCUGUUCAGGGUCCUGACCAGUAACACACAAGAGGAUGUAGCAGUAAAUGUGACCAGAGUCAUGAUUCACAUCGUCGCCCAGUGCCACGAGGAAGGUUUGGAACACUACCUUCGCUCUUACGUGAAGUUUGUAUUUAAGACUGAACCAUACACAUCCUCAACUACUCGAACAAUACAUGAAGAGUUGGCAAAAGCCAUGACUGCCAUCCUGAAACCGUCCACUGACUUCCUGACGAGUAACAAGCUGCUCAAAUACUCCUGGUAUUUCUUUGAAGCCUUAGUCAAGUCCAUGGCUCAGUACUUGAUUGAAAGCUGCAAAGUGAGGCUGUCCAGAAAUCAGCGCUUCUCAGCUUCUUUCCAUCACACUGUGGAGACUCUGGUCAACAUGAUGAUGCCACACAUCACUCAGAAGUACAAGGACAACUUGGAUGCUGCUCGAAACGCCAACCACAGCCUGGCGGUCUUCAUCAAGCGCUGCUUUAACCUGAUGGACCGGGGCUUUGUGCUCAAGCAGAUCAACAACUAUAUCAGCUGCUUUAUGCCUGGAGAUCCAAAGACUCUGUUUGAGUUUAAGUUUGAGUUCCUGCGUGUUGUGUGCAACCACGAGCACUACGUGCCCCUAAACCUGCCCAUGCCUUUUGGGAAGGGGAGAAUAUUGAGAUUUCAAGCUGUGUUAUCUCCAUGUGAUACUGUGGAGUCUUAUGAUACUCCAGUAGACCUCCAAAUGGAUUACUCCUUGACCGAGGACUUCUGCAGGAACCACUUCCUGGUCGGACUGUUGCUCAGGGAGGUCAGCGCUGCUCUGCAGGAGUUCAGAGAGAUUCGUCAGAUCGCCAUCCAGGUGCUGAAGAACCUCAUGGUUAAACACACUUUCGAUGAUCGCUACACCACCAAGAGCCAGCAGGCCAGGCUGUCCACCUUGUACUUUCCCUUGUUUGGUCUGCUUCAAGAGAACGUCAACAGGCUCAAUGUGAAGGAGGUUUCUCCAUUCCCCAUCAACCACUCCAAUAAUAACGGAAGAGAAGAUCCUCUCCAGAGCAACACCUUGAUGACCCCACCCAGGUCCAGCACAUUCCUGGACACCAGCUUGCACAAAGAUGUUUUUGGGGCCAUCUCGGGCACUACUUCACCUCAUGCAGCGUCCACCCCCAACGUUAACUCUGUGCGCCACGCCGACUCUCGCGGUUCACUGAUCAGCACUGAUUCUGGGAACAGCCUGCCUGAGAGGAACACUGACAAAGGCAGUUCUCUGGAUAAGAGCCAGCCUGCCUCCAUGCUGGGAAGCACCCUGCUACGCUGUGAUAAACUGGACCAGGCAGAGAUUAAGAGCCUCCUCAUGUGUUUCCUACACAUCCUCAAGAGCAUGUCUGAGGAUGCUCUGUUCACCUACUGGAACAAAGCCUCGUCUGCCGAGUUGAUGGAGUUUUUCACUUUGAUUGAGGUGUGCCUCCACCAGUUUAGAUACAUGGGGAAAAGAUAUAUCGCAAGGGCGGGAAUGAUGCAUGCCCGCUUACAGCAGCUCAGCAGCCUGGAUAACUCAUACACUUUUAACUACACCUACAGCCACUCGGAUGCGGAUGUAUUGAAUCAGUCACUUCUGGAGUCCAACAUUGCUACUGAAGUGUGUCUAACAAUCCUGGACACUCUCAGCAUCUUCAUCAUGGGUUUUAAGACACAGCUAUGCGCUGAUCACGGCCACGGCCCCCUCAUGAAAAAGGUGUUUGAUGUCCAUCUCUGCUUCCUGCGCAUCAAUCAGUCAGAAACAGCUCUGAAGCAGGUCUUCACUUCACUGCGCACCUUUAUCUACAAGUUCCCGUGCACAUUUUUCGAAGGACGAGCAGAUAUGUGUGCUGCGUUCUGUUACGAGAUCCUGAAAUGCUGCAACUCCAAGCUGAGCUCCAUCCGCAGUGACGCAGCCCACCUGCUGUAUUUUCUCAUGAAGAGCAAUUUUGAUUACACGGGUCGGAAGUCCUUUGUUAGGACACACCUACAGGUGGUGAUUGCUGUCAGUCAGCUGAUUGCUGAUGUGAUCGGUAUUGGAAGUACCCGCUUCCAGCAGUCUCUGUCAAUAAUCAAUAACUGUGCCAACAGUGAUAGAACCAUCAAGAACACAGCUUUCCCGUCAGACGUCAAGGACCUGACCAAACGCAUCAGGACGGUUCUGAUGGCCACGGCUCAGAUGAAGGAGCACGAGAGAGACCCGGAGAUGCUGGUGGACCUGCAGUACAGCCUGGCCAAGUCUUACGCCAGCACACCCGAGCUACGCAAGACCUGGCUCGACAGCAUGGCCCGAAUCCACGUGAAGAACGGAGACCUGUCGGAGGCGGCCAUGUGCUACAUACACGUUGCAGCGCUUGUGGCCGAAUACCUCAGGAGAAAAGGCAUGUUCAAGCAGGGCUGCUCCGCCUUCCGAGUUGUGACCCCAAACAUCGAUGAGGAAGCAGCGAUGAUGGAGGACGUCGGGAUGCAGGACGUCCACUUCAACGAGGAUGUUUUAAUGGAGCUUCUGGAGGAAUGUGCAGAUGGGCUAUGGAAAGCAGAGCGCUACGAGCUCAUCUCUGACAUCUACAAACUCAUAAUCCCAAUUUAUGAGAAGCGCAGGGACUUUGAGAAACUGGCCCACCUGUAUGACACGCUGCAUCGUGCAUACAGCAAGGUGACAGAGGUCAUACACACAGGGAAGAGGCUGCUGGGAACCUUCUUCAGAGUGGCCUUCUUUGGUCAGCAGUACCAGUUUACUGACUCAGAGGCUGAGGGCUUCUUUGAAGAUGAAGAUGGUAAGGAGUACAUUUACAAGGAGCCAAAAUUCACCCCUCUCUCUGAGAUCUCCCAGAGGCUCCUGAAGCUGUACUCUGACAAGUUUGGACCGGAGAACGUCAAGAUGAUUCAGGACUCAGGACGGAUAAAUCCCAAAGACCUGGACUCUAAGUACGCAUACAUACAGGUGACGCACGUGACUCCGUACCUGGACGAGAAGGAGAUGGUUGACAGGAAGACGGACUUUGAAAGAAGCCACAACAUCCGUCGAUUUGUGUUUGAGAUGCCUUUCACAGUAUCCGGCAAGAAGCAAGGCGGUGUGGAGGAGCAGUGCAAACGCAGGACUAUACUGACCACCACGCACUGUUUCCCCUAUGUGAAGAAACGCAUCGCAGUGAUGUACCAGCACCACACCGAUCUGAGCCCCAUCGAGGUGGCCAUAGACGAGAUGAGCAACAAAGUGGCCGAAAUCAAACAGCUGUGCUCCUCCAAUGAUGUGGACAUGAUCCGUCUGCAGCUCAAACUGCAAGGCAGCAUCAGCGUCCAGGUGAAUGCAGGACCACUUGCAUACGCCAGAGCUUUUCUGGAUGACACAUGUGCCAAGAAGUACCCAGAUAAUAAGGUCAAACAGCUGAAAGAGGUUUUCAGCUCAGAUCUUAUACCAGGGGUCGGCAAUCUGUUCCCAUCAAAGAGCCAUUAUUACCCGUUUCCCACAGUAAAGAAAACACCGCAGCAGCCGCAGCGUUGUGGGCGGGGCCUACCCUCAGACAGCAGAGAGCUGCUCACAACCAGGCAUUUUGUGGAAGCUUGUGGCCAUGGCUUAGGCAUCAACGAGCGCAUGAUCAAGGAGGACCAACAGGAGUACCACGACGAGAUGAAGGCCAACUAUAGAGAAUUAACCCGAGAGCUGUCGAUCAUCAUGCACGAGCAGAUAAAUCCUGUGGAAGAUGGCAUGAAGAGUGUCCUCCCGGACUCGCUUCACAUCUUCAACGCCAUCAGUGGCACUCCGACCUCCGUCACCAUCCAGGGUGUCCCACACUCGGCCUCUGUGAUAUGACCCCGAUCCGGAUUGCAUCCGGUUUAUUCUGGUGGGAAAGUGUUGCUUACAGAGGCCACUGUGCCUCGAUCAGCUUAGCGGGAGUCGGGAGACGACCCUCAUGGUUUAGACCACUCAGUCGACCACAAAUAAGACACUGGACGUCUAAAACAUACAUGAGGAAUUUUAGUGUUGGUAAUGAGCACGUUUACAAGAUAUCACCAAAGAAAGAACCAAGAAAAUUGGUGAUUGUCCUACAAAAUAUCAUGAUAGAGACUAUUUCUGCAUAACGGAUGGAUUAGUUUUGAUCUUCACCUGAAAAAACCGAGCAGUGUUUUCCAAGGAGACAUUUUUCUACAUGCAUGUUGUUACGCCACCACCUCCCAAGCACCCCAUUUGACUCCACGUCUUGUUUCCAUGUACAGAAUUCUACUUUUCUAAGCCACUGUGUUGAUGAAUGCUGCAAAUAUCAAUGCUCACCUCCCUCCGUGUGAAAUUCCCAAAAACGUGGAUUUGCAAAAUUAUGUUAGAGUUAAAUCUUAAAUCACUUUAUUGUCUUAGAGCAGGUGAGGCUUUUCUAUUUAAAGUCGUUGUAUACAAAAUAUAUUCAAAAUUGUUCAUUAUUGUACAUAAAAAGGACUGUGCAAUAUUUGCAAAGCAUCUUGCUGUGUGGAUCAUACACUGUAAGAAAAUUGUUCACUUGUUUUGCCAAAGCGAUAAAAUGUGUGUGUGUGUGGGGGGGGGGACCACACCUUUUACUUUUUUAUGUUUUUUUAAAAGUUCAAAAGUGUGUUUUAUAUUUGAUCAGCAUUGUUUUUAUCUAUAUUUAACACAAGUCACUGUUCUGCUGUAAACAAAGAUAUUCCCUAAUGCUUUUCUUUUAAAUAAAAACACUAUUUUCUCUUCA